AUGGCGUCCGCGUUUGGUGGAGGGGCGGUAGACCCAGAGACGCUGUAUACCAAGCAGGCCUGCAUUGCUUCGGCAAGGUGUACAAAGGUGNUUGAGAAACGUACCGGCCAAGCUGUUGCUAUCAAAGUCAUCGACGUGGAAAAUGCAGAAGACGAAGUCGACGACAUCAUCCAGGAGAUCUCCAUCCUCUCUGGUCUCAACUCUCCCUACACGACAAAAUACUACGGAUCAUAUCUCAAGGGCUCCGACCUGUGGAUCAUCAUGGAAUACUGCUCUGGUGGCAGUUGUGGUAACCUCAUGAGGCCUGGCAGCAUCCCCGAGGAUUACAUUAUCAUCAUCAUUCGAGAAUUGCUCAUGGGUCUGGAAUAUCUGCACAAUGACAACAAGCUUCACAGAGACAUCANNAAGCUUGCCGACUUUGGUGUUUCUGGCCAACUCUCUGCAACCAUGACAAAGAAGAACACUUUCGUAGGAACCCCAUUCUGGAUGGCUCCAGAAGUCAUCAAACAAUCGGGAUACGACCACAAAGCCGACAUUUGGUCUCUUGGUAUCACUGCCCUGGAACUCGCCUAUGGAGAACCCCCCUACGCCGACAUCCAUCCCAUGAAAGUCCUUUUCCUCAUUCCGAAGAACCCUCCUCCUCAACUCGAGGGCGAGUUUAGCCAAGCUUUCAAAGACUUUGUCAAUCUUUGCUUGCGCAAGGAGCCCAAGGAGCGACCCAGUGCCAAAGAACUCCUCAAACACCCUUGGAUUCGCAGGGCCAAGAGGACCACAUAUCUGACAGAGCUAAUUGAAAGAUACGAACGCUGGCAGGCGCGUCACGGUGGUCGCGAAGAAGAUGACGAUGAUAUCCGUGAAGUCUCGCCUCCACGCACUUCUGACGAAGAAGAUCUUUGGGAUUUCGGCACGGUUCGACCACUUUCUCGAAGAGCACCGGGACUGAAAGUCAUGAAUGAGGCCGCCAUGAACACUCGUAAUCAGACAUCUGUCCCUGAGCCUCAGUCUCCUAGCAAGCAGUCCGAUUCUAGAGUCGGUGAAGAGAAUUCGAGUCGUCGCACUGUCCGAGCAGCACCCAGCAUGCCACCACCACCUCUGCCUAGGGACCUGUCUCCCUCAAAGCGGCCAAGCUCAUCGUCAGGUGCUGUGCCUCCUUCUCCCAGUGUUGCUGCUCGGGUCCCUCUACCUGCCUCACCCAUCAAGAAAGUAAUGUCGCAAGCACAACCUGAGGCUCCACGCACCCCGCAGUCGACCAACUCGAGAUACAUGGCCAGUCAGGCACAGUUGAAAUCGCCCCCGCAACAGAUCAAUGAUGAUUUUAUCCAGCAGUCCAUUGCUGCAGACAUGACUACUUACAUGAAUGGUCUUUCCAUAAAUGAAAGAACGAAUGAGCUGGCCAGGCCUUCAACGCCAUUGGCCCAGAAGCAGACCAGCACAUCGAACCACAACUUGUCAAGAUCUCCAGAAAAGCCAACUUAUGCUCCAUUCCCGCUCGAGAGAACAUCUUCAUCCUUCAGUGUCCAACAGCAGCAUCACCAGCAGCAACACCUACAGCAACCACAACAAGCACGGCCACAGCAACAACAACCUCUACCAGCGCUGGCACCUCGGAGAGCAAGUCCAUCUGCAUGGCCCGGAACUCCCACAGCAUCAAAACCGCAAGCGUCGGAAUCGCAAGGCAGAUUAAGACAAGACUCGGACGUUCAGAUCAGAGCAAGACAAGGUUCAGACGCCCAGGCCAGAUUGGAUGCCCAGACCAGAGCCAGGCAAGGCUCCGACGCUCAACUGAAGACGCAGCAAUCCUUUGACUCCAUGCACAGCAGUUCGUCAAGCAGCAGACCCUCUUCAUCCUCUUCGUCAUCAAUGACCGGACCUUCAACCUUGGCACCUCCUCCCCAGAAUGACGAAAUCACUGCUCUGUCAGGUGUUGUGAUUCCUGCCCUCGAAGCCGCUCUCCACCGUCGCGCAUACCAGCUCUCACAGCUGCAAAAGUCAGCAAGCACCCCAUCGAAACCCGCGCCUUCUCCACAAGACAUUUUGCUCAAGAGGCAGGCACACGAGCAGAUCCGCAGACUGGUCUCCAAGGUGGGCCGUCUGAUGAAGGACAUUGACCACUGGGACAGCGUCGCGCCCGUGGGCAUGGGCGACGGCGUCGAAGGAUUCCUAGAAGGUGUGUUGGAGGAGGUCUUGUGCCGUGUAGAGGCCGAAGAUGCUUGA